UCGGGGCAGCUGCCCUGCAACAGGUGGCAGCCUCCCUUCCGCCGCAUCUGAAGCAGCCGCUCUGUGCCCGCAGACGCCCGCCGGCACCUCGCAGCAUGCACAGGGACGGUGGCCCUCAGGUGGGACAGGAGGCCGGCAGAGCCAAGAUGCCCUCGACUCCCAGGCAGCUCCCGGGGCACCUGGAGGGGGCCCCCGCGAGCGAGGCAGACUGGUGGUCCCCGCCGCCCUGCGGGCCCUGCAUCCCCAUCCUGCUGGCCCUGGCCUCGCUCGCCGCCUUCUUCGUCCUGACCACCGCGGUGCUGGCCGAGCGCCUGCUCCGCCGCUCCCUGCGCCCUGACCCCGGCCACCGCGCACCCGCCCUGGUCUGGCGCCCCGGAGGAGAGCUGUGGAUCGAGCCGGCGGGCACUGCCCGGGAGCGCUCUGAGGGCUGGUACGGCUGCGAGGUGCCCCUGCUCCCCGACAGGGGCCCAGACGCCCCUCCAGCCCGGGCCAGCGCCCCACCUGCCCCUGCGGCCCUGAACUCUGCCCCCAACUCUCUGGUCCUCCAGGAGCCCCCUGAGGCCCUGGCCCGGAGCACCUUCUGGGGGCCCCAGCCACAUGGGGAGAGGCCCCCCACCACAGGCCUAGUGAGUUGGGCUGGGCCUGAGCUGGGGCCAGAGUCCACGCAAAGGCUCGGGAGCCCCCAAGCCUGGAGGCCGCGGCCAGGAAGCCCUGAGCCUGACUGGAGCCUGCAGCCUCGGGUCACCGUGGAGCAGAUCUCCGCGUUCUGGAGGCGGGAAGGCCGGACCAGUAUGGGCUUCUGAGUCCCCAAAGCUCCAGUGGGACUGGCCCCCCAGAACCCCCUCUGGAAGGCACUGGGGCCCCAGGGCUGUCUCGGGGUAGAUGCCUCUCCAGUCCGACUUUUCUGUUCUCCUGGGCCUGCCCGGGCAGCAGGCUGAGUGUGGACAGAGCCUGCAUGCCGAGGACGCCCAGCAGGGCCUCUCGCUCGUCACCCGCUUGGCUCAGAGCUGAAGGUGAGGCCGGCGCGGGCCCAGAGGCUUCUAGUCUGCGUUUCAGAGUAAGAAGCUGAAGUAACAGACGUACAGGAAAUAGCGCCAAACCAGCCCCUCUCCCGUUCUGACAGUGCCUCUCAGAUGCCACAAGGCCCAGAAGAGGUGCUGCUGCAUGGAAGCGAUGGUGACAGGUGACAGGUGUGUUGGCAGGAGAUGGCAGGAACCCAGCUUCCCAGAGCCACAGAUCUCAACCUUUCCCUGACAUUCAUCCCUGUCCCCUACCCUGAGGUCAUCCAAGAAAAUACACACAGAGGCCAAGACCCAGUGAAGGAGCCUUUUAUUACACUGACUGCGGCUUUCAUCCUCAAAUGGCAAGGAGGAACUGACCACAGCUGGAGGGGCCCUACGGGCCUGGGGUUGGGACUUAGAGUCAAAGAAGACCAGCGGGCUCUGCGCAGAC